AAAAUGGAACAAAAAAUUCUCAAAAUCUUACAAAAAUGCAAAACUAUCAAGCAAGUGAGACAAACCCAUCUUCAGAUUUUGAUUCAAAAUCUACAAGACAGCAAUUUUAUACUGCCCAAGCUCAUCAGUCUCUCCUCACAACUUGAUACACUGAAGUACGCCUUCAAAAUAUUCCGAAACUUACAAAACCCCAGCACCAUUUCAUACAAUACAAUCAUAAAAUGCUUUAUAGGGAAAACUUUCGAAGAUGCAUUGCUUGUUUACAGUCAAAUGAAGGCAUCAAUGGUCACACCUAAUAGCUAUACUUUUAGUUUUAUAUUGAAAUGCUUUGAGUCAUUUGAGGCCUUGAAGUGUGGUAUAGUAGUUCAUAGUGAGAUUGUGAAGAUGGGGUUUUGUUCUAGUGUGUUUGUGCAGAAUAAUCUUUUGGAUUUUUAUGGAAAAUGUGGCAGGAGUUCGGGUUUAGCUUGGAGGGUAUUUGAAGAAAUGACUGAAAGAGAUGUCGUUUCUUGGAAUUUGAUGAUUGGAGCGUAUAUGGAGCAUGGGCAGAUUGAUUGUGCAAUGGCGUUGUUUGAUUUUAUGCCUGAAAGGAGUACUGUCACUUGGAAUUCUAUAAUUUCGGGGCUGUCUAAAUUGGGGAAUAUGGAGCUGGCUCGUUCUUUUUUUGAGAGGAUGCCAGAGAAAAAUGAGAUUUCUUGGAACUCCAUGAUUUCUGGGUAUGCGAGAAUGGGUGAUAUGGAGGCUGCAAAGUGCAUUUUCAAUCAGAUGCAAGAGAAAACCAUUGUUUCUUGGACAGCCUUGAUAUCAGGAUACACCAUGAUUGGUGAUCUUGAAUCUGCAAAUAACUUUUUUAAUCUGAUGCCGUUAAAAAAUGUGGUUACAUGGAAUGCUAUGAUUUCUGGUUAUGUUAAUAACCACAUGUUUGAUCUAGGUCUUAAUGUAUUUCAUCAAAUGUUAACCGAAGGCAAAUGCAAGCCUGAUCACACAACUUUGAUUAGUGUGCUUUCUGCAUGUUCUCAUUUGGGUUCCCUGGAACAUGGGAAGUGGAUUGAUUCCUACAUUAAAAUAAAAAAGUUUCAAUUGUCAAAUCCGUUAGCAAAUGCUUUGAUAGACAUGUUUGCAAAGUGUGGUGAUGUGGAAAGUGCAAAAGCAGUUUUUGACAAGAUGGCUAACAGGUGUAUAAUCUCAUGGACAACAAUGAUAUCAGGCCUAGCCAUUAAUGGGCAGUGUAGGGAAGCUCUUAAUCUGUUUUAUAGGAUGCAAUUUGAUGAUAUUAAACCAGAUCAUGUCAUUUUCAUUUCCGUUUUAUCAGCUUGUACACAUGGAGGAUUAGUAGAAGAGGGAAAAUGGGUAUUCAAACAGAUGGUAGAGGAGUACAACAUUGAACCCCGAAUUGAGCAUUAUGGUUGCAUGAUUGAUCUUCUUGUUCGAGCAGGAAAGUUAGAAGAAGCAGUCAGGUUCAUUGAAAGCAUGCAUCUGAAACCAAAUGCUGUCAUUUGGGCCACGCUGCUUGGUGCUUGUAAGAUUCAUGGAAGUGGGGAGAUGUUACAGUCAGUGGGCAAAAAAGUUUUGGAUCAGGAGCCUGCAAAUCCUGGCUAUUUAAUGUUGGUCUCAAAUUUGAGUGCAGCAGCUGGACAGUGGAAAGAGUUUUCAAACUUCAGAGUGGCAAUGAGACAAUAUGGGGUGGAAAAAGUUCCUGGCUGUAGCUCAAUUCAAAUUGCGAAUAGGGUUCAUGAGUUUCUAGCUAAAGACACCAGGCAUGUGCAAAGAAAGGAAAUUUAUCGUGCUUUGUGCAGUUUGAAUAAACACCUACAUGCAGAAUGUGAUAUAUUAUGAAAAUUUUCAGAAAACAAGCAAUAGUCUACUGAUAAAAUUAGUCAACCCGAGAACAGAUCAUUUGCAAAUCAUGAAAGUUUUGAUGUAACACCUACAGACAUAAUUAAAGAUAUUAGGGUGAUUUAAUGUUACAUAUUAAGUUAAUGUGAUAAUUUAAGUUUUAAAUUAUAUUAAGGGUAAGACAAAAGGGGAAGGAUCGACUCUUGAUGAUAAA